ACUAAUUUCGUUCAGUAUAUAGAAAAGAAAAACCUUGGUAGAACUUUGCAAACUCCACGACAUGAACGCAAUCACAUCGUUUCUGCUCUUUCUCUCUCUCUUUCUCUUUCUCUCUAAUGUUAUUGCCGAUUCUCACUUUGAAGGUUUCGACGUCGAAGAUGAUGAAUUUUCCGACGAAGCCCUAGAACUCCAUCCCCCACUCCCAACUCCUCCCGUCACUCGCUCUCAUUCCCCCGAUAAAUCAUCAUCCUCAGACGAUUCGAACCCGGCCGAUCAACCUUCAGCCGCUUUUUCGGAUCCUCCGAUCUCUCCUGCUAAACCCUCCUCCCCCUCCUUCGAUUAUUGGGAUGAGGACGAAUUCGAAGGUUUGCCCGAUCAUCUGCCUCCCGAUUCGGCAAAAAUUACCGAAAAUACCACUACCUCUGCUUCCCUCAAUUCUGAUCCCGAAAGCGCCGCCAACCUCACCGGAACCGCUUUCGUAUUGAAGAAAUCGUACGCCGUUGAAGUCAUCUGUGGUUCUUUCUUAAUAAUCUUCAUCAUCAACUAUUUCACUGGAAAACGCGAGAAUGAGAAUAUUGCGUUGGCUUGGGCAGCUAAAUUCGCCACGAAGGAUUCCAUCUUUGAGAAGAACUUCAGCUUAUUGGGCGUUGGCGAAGGAGAUGACUCGCCAUUGCUGUUGAAGGAAGGUCAAAACGUUUUCAAGUUCUACGCCAGCGGCCGUAGGUACUGCCAGGGGCUCUUGGCCACCAUGGAGCUGAAGAGCAGGCACGAUUUGAUAUCCAGGCUUUAUAACAUGGUGGUGCCUUGCAAGGACGAGAUCACUUUCGAGGUUUACAUGAACGAUGACGCCAUGGAUCAUGUUGUUUUCGCCAUGGCCAAGAAGAAGGCAGCCAAAGGAAUGCAGAAAGAUGUCAGGGACUUGCAGAGAUUCACCAUCUCCAUAUCGCCGCCUACUGGGAGAAAAUGGGUGGCCGAUGAACUUGCAGUCAUCUCCGAGUCCAAGGAGGUUGCCGGGGAUUUGAUCACGGAGGCCGUGCUUGAUCAGGUUUUUGGAGAUAAAGCCUUUGAGAAACAUGGAAAGGGUUUUAUUUCAAUGCAUUUUUCUGAUCAACAUCCCACCACACACAAGAAGAUGCUUUUGUUUAAGUUUGCCCUCCCCGAUGUCAACCAUAUGGCUGACAUGACUCGGUUGGUGGCCCUUGUACCCUACUACAUCGACUUAGUUGGACGUUACAAGCUCAGCUCCCCGGCACGAGCUAAAACUGAGACGGCUAGAGCAAAGGCUGCCCAAGAAGCAUAUAAAGAACUUCAAAAUGCUAGGCAAGAAGCAUUGCAGAAAAAGAAGGCUGAGAGGAGGAAGAUGUUGGAGGAGGCAGAGGCUAAGCUCAGCGCUGAGGCUAUUCGCAAAAAAGAGGCAAAAGAGCGUGCUCGUCAGAUGAAAAAAGCAAUGCCAAAAGUAAAGAUGACCCGUGCUCACUAGGUGAUUUUGAAUUCCGCUACUCAGGAGGCAAUAGGUUACUUAUCCUUAAUUCUAAUAUCUUAAUUGGCUUCCUGCAUCCAUUGGUCCUUGGUUUCAGAAUCCUUGCAGCAAACAAUCUAGCACCAUUUGAAUCAUAUUGACUGGUUGCUAAAGUUAUUAUAUCAUCAUACGUUUUUGAAAUGUACCAAAAAAUUAUUUGGUCAGGAACUUAAUGAAGUUUUAUCUCAGUUGACAUCUUAGCAUCAUUAGGACCAAGUCCUUUAAUCCCCAGUUGGUAGUGCCACUUGGUCUCGAUCUUUUCCUCUAGCCGAUUAGUUUUCUUUUCUUCAUUUAUUUUCCUCGUUUUUCUUCGCUCAUUUUGUUGGCAGCGGAAUCUUGUUGUUGUUGUGUUCGUUAGUCUCGCAAUGGUUAUAAUAUAUUGUGCUGUGUCAAAGUGACCGAAAUUGCCAUGGA